AUGAAAACUUUCAAGGUACUCUCCGCGCUCCUGGCUUAUCCGACGGAUGAGUUGGUUGCUGCCCGCAGCGAGUUGAUCUCCGUUCUGGAGGAUGAAGGCCUUGUCACUGGCGAUCCGCUGGAAGGUCUUGAAGCGUUGAUCGACGAGAUUGCACAUGACGACCUGUUUGAAGCGCAGGAGCGAUAUAUCCAGCUGUUUGACCGGACACGCGCACUUUCCCUACACCUUUUCGAGCACGUGCAUGGCGAGAGCCGGGAUCGCGGUCAGGCGAUGGUCGACCUGAUCCGCGUCUAUGAGGAUCACGGCUUCACGCCGACGAUCAAGGAAUUGCCCGAUUUCACGCCGCUGUUCCUUGAGUAUGCAUCCCUGCUGCCCCUCAACGAGGCGGUUGCCCUCGUGGCUCAGCCCGCCCAUGUGUUUGCGGCAAUCCGCGAACGUCUGGUCAAACGCGGCUCAAGCUAUGCCGCAUUGUUUUCGGCACUCGGGCAGAUCGGUGCCGUCAAACCGGACAGCGAACUGGUCGCCAAGCUGAUGAAGGAACCGGAUCCCGAACCGGAUGACCUGGAAGCGCUGGAUGCCGCCUGGCAGGAAGAGGAAGUCCUCUUUGGACCGGGUGCCGCCGCUGCGGAUUGCGGCAUCGACAGUCUCGCCGCAAAACUGCGUCAAGUGCGCCGUCCUGCGCCCGGAAUGCCGCUGCCUGCGGCCGACGCCAACAAACCCGUUAUCACCCAUUCCGGCACAACCAUUCAACAGGGAGCUUGA